CCGAAGCCCACGUUGUCGCUGCAGCCUCCCCACAGCCAGCCUUGGCCCCCUGGAAAAAAGGCAGUGGGAAGAAAGGACGGCCUGGAGCCUCCUGGGCUGCUGGUUCUAAGUGGGUUUGGGGGAUCUGAGGUGGGGAAGGGUUCAGGUGGGGCGAGUGCCCUGUCUCCAAAUUAGUUUCACCCUAGAUUUGUUUUUGCCACCUUUGUGCUCCUACUUCCAGCUUCAGCCAAUCCCGUGUCCCAGGACGUAAGUAUCUGCCAAGUGAGGCAGGUGCCUGCUCACCCCGUUACUAUGUUCCUGGCCUUUGGGCAGAGUAUGCAGACCUCCGCCAGCAACUGACGUCUGGAAGGGACAUGAUGGUGCAAAAAAGUUACUUCCUCCGCUGAAGUCUUGAACUCUACAAAGUCAGCCAUGAAGAUUGAAAUCAAGUUCUUCCAAACCACUGUUAAUGUUGAUCUUUUGACCUCUUCCCAUGAAUCAUGAAUGUUCUUAAUAAUCUAGAAUGGGUCUUAUUGAAACUACUGGCACAUAGCCUCGUACUGUGCUGGUACUGCAGGAUGCUGAAGUUGGAAAAACAUCCUAUUAAGAAGAGUGAGUUUGAACUGGUCAGAUAAAGAAAAGAGAAUGACCCUAUUUAACUCCUUUGGAAAGAAGGAGAGGCAGUGAUCUCUGUUAAAGAAUGAGGACAGAGCCAGCGUUAACCUCUAUGUCCCAGUGCAUCUUUCUGAUUUGGUGAUCGAGUGGAGCAGAGAGAGAGAGAAAUGGAUAGAACUGAGCAAGACCCAGUAUCAUUGUGAGACAUCAUUGGGAGUAAAAUAAAGACACUUGAAUUUGGACAGACAAGCAACCCAGCCACCUUUCAGUGUGGCUGUGUCAGUAUCGGAAUGAAAUGAACAUGACCCCCUCCAGCAGGGAAGGAACACACAGUAAAGCCUUCACCUCAAGGAUCAGAUUCAGCAGACCGUAGAACUUGCUUUGAACCACCUUCUUCUUCUCCACAAUGCGGACAUCAGGAUUUGGUAAAAAGGGGUACUGUCCAUUUCCCCCAAAAAGACUUCGAAUAUUUGUGGUCCAGCAACUUAUAAAAUUCCAGGUAAGAGUCCAGGUUACUUACCAGGUGUGGCUGAGUUGGAGGACACAGGUGAAAAGAAAGAUGCACACAGAAGGCUUCGGAAGCAACAUAAUCCUCUGGAGUGACAAGGAUAGAAAAUUCUAAAAACUUGGGAGACAGAGAGGAAUUCUUUCCUACCCAUAGGUUAUAAAGAUAAUCUCUGGGACUUCCCUGGUGGCGCAGUGGUUAAGAAUCCGCCUGCCGAUGCAGGGGACACGGGUUCAGUCCCUGAUCCGGGAAGAUCCCACAUGCCGCGGAGCAACUAAGCCUGUGAGCCACAACUACUGAGCCCAUGUACCACAUCUACUGAAGCCCACAUGCUCUAGAGCCCAUGCUCCACAACAAGAGAAGCCACCACAGUGAGAAGCCCACGCACCACAACAAAGAAUCUUAGGUCCAUGACCAGAGAUCAGCAGUGAAGGUGCAGUGUCCUAACCACUGGACCACCAGGGAAUUCCUAAAGGUGAUCAAUUUUCUCCCUAAUUUUGAAACCGUGCACCUCAUAUUGGGACUUGAACCCAUGUUCCGGGACUCAAACCCAGCCAAAGCCCACAAUCUUCCGACUGAGAUCACACACCUGGUUUCAGGACUAAAGGAAGCUCAGGUUCUUGAUAUCUCAUCACAGAAAGAAUUCAGUGAGAGACAAAGUGAUAGAAUCCUGUUUGUUGAAAAGGCAAGAGCAGAGGCAGAGCAUAAGGCCAGAGGGGAUCCUGCUGCCCAGACCCUGGACUUCAGCAGAGAACAAGCUGAAAAAUCAGAGUUCCCUGGAAACUGCCCUCCUCCUCACUUAGACUCAGUUGCAGGUGUAUGAACUGAAGCUUUUCGAACAUGAAGAUGAGGAUGGUGGGUUUCGGUUUCUUGGGACAUCCCCAAACAGAUAUGCAAGAAGGUCACACAGCAGGCUUCCUAUUCUCCACCCAAUGUGGGAUUGUUCUUCCAAAAGAGGCUUACUUCCAAGUUCCCACCUGCCUCCCUUUGUACACUCUGCUGCCCCUGCAUGAUGACACACAGGAAGUCAUUAUCACUGUAGUCAGACCCAAUUCGGAAGCCUAAUGCCACCAGUUUGAAGAGAUAACCAAUUUCAGGAGUGAAAAAGUGGUUGGAUCUGUGUCUUUGGAAAGACCCCUGAGGCUUGUGUAAUUCAAGCUUAGCUCAACUCACAUUCCAGUGACCAUGCAGGGAUAAAGAUCACUGUACGUUUUAACAUUUCUUGCAGUGUUGUAACUUUCUCCUUGUUUGGUCUUUUAACUCAGUCUGUUUCCUUGUGCAUACUUUGCUGCAGGGACAAGAUGGGGGAAGAGAGAUAGAAAUCAUCAUUCUAUUCCUCACUGGCCUCAGAAAGUUAGGUCUCCUGCCGUAUAGCCACACAGCACUUUUGCUUCUCCCUUGCAGCACUUUUUAUGAUUAUAAAUCAUCAAUUAUUUGUGUAUUUGUUUAAUGUUUAUCUUCUUCACCAGAAUGUAAGUUUCAUGAGACAGGGGCCCUGAUGGUCUCAUUUACUGCUUCAUCCCCAAAGUGUAGCAUAAUCCCUACCUAUAUUCGGCACUCAGUAAACAUCUACAGAAUGAAUUACCAUUGGAAUGAGGACUCAGGAUGGAAGAAUAUGUGUCUUCCGUAAUGGGGCUCUCAGAGGCGGGGACAAGGAGGUGUCUUGGGUGCUUGCCCUGAAACCCUGAGGUGAUGCUGGAAGAGCGAGCCCUGGGGAAUCUGCCCUGGUGCUCCAGUCUCCCCUCCUCACAGGCUUGGGACUUUCAGUCAACAGUGCCUCAUUGUGAAAUUUGGUGAGUGGCUCCGAGGGGAAGAAGAAUUGCGUUCUCUCAUGUCCUCUUCCCUGAGCCUCUCUAUCCUCCAUCCCUUUUCCCUCUCAUGCCUUUCUUUCUCCUGGUGUAUCUCCUCGCCUUUCUUUCUAGGCUGGUAUCUCCAGCUCACAUGGAGCUCUUUCCUUCCCCACUCCACCCACUCCAGCAGGUGGCCUAACACUUCACACCAGCUACAGAACACUGCCUGCCACAGGGGGAGCUCUGCCUAGAAGGGAUAAUGCUGAUGGAUUAUGUCAGGACACGUGAGCUCUCCGGAUGACGGGACUACACUCAGCAAGAGGACAUAAUCAUGGCCUCAGACCCAUUUCCCAGGGCUUAGUCAACUGACAACUAACUUUCCUAUUUUUGUUGGUGAUAUCAUCUGUCUUCUACCACCUGGGUUUGAUUGCUUCCCUCCAUCUGUCCAAUCUUCUGUAGAAGGUAUGGACAGAUGGACAUUGAUGUCCAGGAGGGUCCUCUAGAAAUGGGAGGAAAGCUGAGGGUCUCAUUCAAAGGGUUCUUUUUGGAGAGAUGGAAGAUACAAAGUGUAUUCCAGAAGGACUUUGAAAUCAGGGAGGUGGAAGGAAGGGAGAAAAAGGUUGAAGUGGGUCCUUUUGAUGAGGAGAUGGGUCACCUCCAGCCUCUCUGUGAGGUCCCUGGUGAAAUAGAACAAAGGCUCUUUUCUUGCUGUCCUGGGCUGGGACAGCUGCAACAGGACUUCAUAUACCUGGACCUUCCAACAGAUCUGGCUUGCUCAUUGUGGUGUAUGGAGAAGCUGGGACUUGUGGUGGCCCCUGGUGCAGUGCUGUGGUGUCUGUUACAUGAAAACAGGCAGGGGAGGAGUCCCUUCUGCUUAGCCUACUCAGGUUGUUUGCUUGGUCCAAGAUGUUUGUUGUUGAAGUCUUGUGCUACUCAAAUUUCAGUAUUUUUUUAAAUAAAUUUAUUUAUUUAUUUGUUUGUUUUUGGCUGUGUUGGGUCUUUGUUGCUGCUUACGAGCUUUCUCUAGUUGCGGCGAGCGGGGGCUACUCUGUUGUGGUGCGUGGGUUUCUCAUUGCGGUGGCUUCUCUUGUUGCAGAUCAUGGGCUCUAGGCACGCGGGCUUCAGUAGCUGUGGCUCGUGGGCUCUCGAGCGCAGGCUCAGUAGUUGUGGCACAGGGGCUUAGUUGCUCCGCGGCAUGUGGGAUCUUCCAGGGCCAGGGCUCAAACCCAUGUCUCCUGCAUUGGCAGGUGGAUUCUUAACCACUGCGCCACCAGGGAAGGCCCGAAUUUUGGUAUUUUUACUAUGCAGAUGACUCUGGUGGUGAAGGUUAAGCUCUUAUACCCAAGGUUCUUUCUUAUAGAUAAGUGAUUUCUAGUGUCUUCCACUGAGAAUCAUUGCCAUAGUGAGCCAUUGUAACUUAUAAAGUGUUUCCUACUGUUUAUGUCUAUUGGGGUGAAAAAGGUUGAGUCACUAUGUAAAAUACAGAAGGUGGUUUGCAGCUUGCUUCUCCCUGUAGAACCUGGACUGUCAAUCUCCCCAGAGUUCCUUUCUCUAAAGUAUGGUAAGUGUCCUAUCCCAGAGGAAGUUCUAUGGAAAACUUAUAAGGAGAUGGACCACAAGUUUCCAUCUUAUAGACUUUGAUGUCUCCGGACUCUUUGUCAAGGCCUAGCAGAUCCAGGUAGCACUGGAGAAGCUGGCUGGGAUAGGGAUGUUGUGAAAAGGGAGUACACUGGUGGUGGGAAGAGGAUAACUCUCUUCCUGAUGUCUGCAUGAGGAGAGCAUGUGACCAAAAAAUUUAUCCCACUGAAGCAAUGGGACCAAUUCACCAAGUGGUUAAGAGCCUUCAUAACGAAGAGGUACUUUUGGUUUAGAUGACUCACAAGGCUUGUCAUGUGGUUAUAAAACUCUUCUAAGAGGUGCUUUCAUUCAAAGGCUACUUGUAUAAUACCCUCCACCUGAAAUGCUACCAUUCUAUUCUGUUGAUGUCAUCUGAAAUGAAAUGGGUGUAGGCACAGAGAGUUCUGGGACCCUUGUCCUUCAGGGGCAAUGACAACAGAGUCCUGGCUGAAGGUGUCUACCUUAACCAUGAACUGCUGUGUGUGAGUGGAAUGCACCAGGAUGGAUGCAAUGGUAUGAUCAUUAAAUUUGUUGUGUGCUUUAUAGUGUACAGAGUUUAUAAAGACUUCUACAUUCUAUUUUAGUUUUAAAAUAGUCCUUAAGGUCAACAGGGCUGGCCUUAUUAUCAACAAUUUGCAGAUAGGUAAAGAAAGUCUCAAAAGGGACUUGUCCAGAACCGUCUGGUCAGUGUGUUGCUGAACAAAGAGUUAAACCCAGGAGUUCUGGUUUCAAGUUCAAGCAUCUUGGGUUUUGCUACAGGACUCCCCUGAAAUGAGCUGCCCUUUUUAACAGAGUGAAGUCAAGUGCCAAUAGAAGCUGGAGGGCAUGGAGAACUGCUGGCCAUUAAAUCAUUAGGAGAUCCCACUUUAUUACCACAUUUACAACUUCUUGAGUAAGACUAAACCUCUUAGGAACACAGAACAUCGUUUGAGAAUAUUUCUCAAGCUCUGUUGCAUAACCUGUGCCCCAUGGGGGCAUUAUAGGUUGAUCCUUACUUGGCGAGUGCUCAAGACGGAGCAGGGAAGAGCAAUGUUGGCCAGGUAGGUGAUCGUGACAGGUCACACACUGCUGGCCUUAAGCUCCCAGUGAUACCGAGCAGUGCCCUGUGGGGCUCCUGGGUACAAAGCCUUUCUGUGUCCCCCAUUUCUUUGAUUAUAGGAUAUAGUCUUCGUUCAGCCUCCUUGACCUUCCCCGAGUUCCAAUGGGCAGAUUCAAGCAGUUACUAAUUAGGGAAGGGAGGGGAUGAGAGACCAGGGAGAAACAAACCGUCAAGAGAAACAGUAGUGCAGCCUUGGGGCAAGGUCCUGGUUCCCCAUCAAGGAUACACACAACAAUAUCUUUGAGCUGUUUUGCAGAUACUGAAACCCCCUCCAGGUGGGAGAAAUUAAUGAUUAAUGAUGGUAUGCUGCCCACAGGCAGGUAGACCUCAGACCAGUUGGAGCCUGAAGGUUGAUGAUGCUGACUCCUACUUACCUCACCACCAACCCAUCAGAAGAAUGUUCCACAAGCUGAUCACGGCCUCUUUGAACCAUUACUGUAAAACUUCUCACUAUCCUCUCCAAGAGGGACACAUAGUUUUCAAGGGCAGGAGCACACUGUGUCCCCCUUUGCCUGGCAAAGCAAUAAAGCUGUCCUUUUCAACUUCACCCCAAACUCUGUCUCUAAGAUUUGAUUCGGCACCAGUGUACAGAGAAGCUGAGCUUUCAGCCUCAUCAGGGGUCUGGGACCUGUCACGUGAUGAACCUCCUUGGGUCCAUCCAAACCCCUGCUAUUCACAAGCCUCCCUUAGGAUACAAAAUUACCCCGAAGGAACCAGAAACCAUCUCCAGUUCCUUUCCCCACUUCUCUGGACUCUACUGCUAGCUUCCUGUUCAUCACCUCUGUCCCAGAGUUCAGUUUUGCAAGCCGGGGGUCCUUUUGCAAUUGUUUGAAAAGCAUGUGGGUGAGAGACAGCAGCUCCCUUUCCUUCACUAUCAGAUGAUUUCAGACAAAAUGAGCAGUACAGGCCCAGUUCCUGAUCCUUUGUCUUCCCAAAGAAAACAAACACCUUGGAAUGUAUGUCCCACUAACCAAAAAAACGGAAAGAUGGGAACUCCUCCAUCUAGGAAAGCUCACAGAGUGGCCUUAGCUCCAGCCCAGACAGAGAGUUAAUUCCCUUCAUAAUAUCUGGGCCUGGGGCAGGAGCUCCAUGCAGCAGACCCAGGGGUAGGACAGGCGCCAUCUCAGAUGCUGAGGUACAUUUAUUUAUCAAGGAGCUGAGCCCAGCCCUGGGUUGUCUGGGAUCAGGAUCUCUUUAUGGGGACACUGAAGACCGGUGACUUCCACCAGGCUGAUGUUUUACUGAGCACAAAGAUGGGCUUCAGGCCACCGCAUCAGUAGAGUAGCCCAGAUGGGGAGCCAGGAGCUGGAGAGAGGGCAGCUCCCACUCCAGCCAUCAGGGAGGAGGUAAGCACCUGCCCUUGUGGGACCAGCCCCAUACUGAGCCCGUAGACGAACGAGCCAGGGCAUGUGAUCAGAGGCUGGAUCCGGGCACAGGCAAGGAUGUGCUCAAGGGUCCUUGCCAGGGUUUUGAUUCAGAAACCAAGACUGGAUAAAAAGCAGAUCAGCCUGGAUACCUCUUCUAUGAGCAUUUUGUGCUCCUGAGUUCAGUUCUAGGUCCAGUACUAAGCAGAGCCACAAGAUAAGAUUGUCAGCUGAGCUGGGUCCAGAUAUACCUUCCCCUUAAGGAGUCUCAGGUCACACAGUCCUUGCCCUUUGCUCUCUGAUCCAUCUUCCCAGUCAGUGCUUAGCCUUUUUCCUAGGCUGAGCCCUACCCCUUCAAAGAAGACCUUUCUAGCAGUAUAGCUCACCCAUAAGCUACGAGAGGGCAGACCUCGGAAAAAAGGAAACAGAUAAGCUGGAACUCUGCAGGCUUUUCCCCUCCUCAUCAGUGGCCAGAAAGCCUGUCCCUUAAGUAUCUGAAGCAGGGGGUCCUCCUGCCACUAUCCUUCUCCCCCAGCUGUGGGGGUGGAAUGAGGUAGGAGAGGGGGCAGCUCCAGGUGAGACAGUAAAAGAGCCUCAGACACUGUUGGCUGAGCCUGGGAGGGAGGCAACACUUUUCAGUCUCCUGUGCCUGCCCUUGGUCCCCACCCCGAUCCAUGGCGGCCCUUUCAGGAGCUUUUAGUGGACAUGAACUCAGACCUGCUGUGGAGUCGGCCAGCCUCCCUCUCCUCCCAGCCCCACCCAUUGCUCUUUCAUCACCUCUUUUGUCUGACUCAGGACCAUCCCUCCCAGGCCCCAUCUGCAAGCAGCCUUCCUCUCCCCACAACAUUCACCUCUCUCACCCCUCCUUCCUUCCAGCCCCGGUCUCCACACCCUCCUAUUCCCCUGAACAGGCACCUGCUUUCCUCCUACAAAAGGCAGGAGACAGAGGCUGUGUGAGACCAGCUGCUCUCACACUCCCUUUCCUUUGCCCUCUGCUGGCUAGGCUGGGCUGUGCCUUUGUUUUCUCUUCCUCCCAGGUGAGAGUGGGUACCUGAGGUGCCAGGUCUCCUGCCUCAUUCCCCAUGAAUGCUGUGCAAUGUCCCGAGGGACAGGAGCUACAAAAGCCGGGGAGCGGAGCCUGGGACAACCCCGCCUACAUUGGCGCCCCCUCCCCGCGUGGGACACCAAGGAUCUGUACCAUCUCCAGUGCGGUGCCUCCUCCAUCCCAACCCAAGAAGCCUGAAGAUGGACCCCAGGAGAAGGCACACAAGACCCUGGUGUCCAGUUGCUGCCUUCAGAUCUGUCGUGGCAUCAGAGGACUUUGGGGAACAACCUUGACUGAGAACACAGCUGAGAACCAGGAACUUUAUGUCAAGACCACCCUGCGGGAGCUUUUGGUAUACAUAGUGUUCCUGGUGGACAUUUGUUUCUUGACCUAUGGAUUGACAAGCUCCAGCGUCUAUUACUACACCAAAGUGAGGUCUGAGCUCUUCUUACAUACCCCAUCAGACACUGGAGUCUCCUUCCAGGCCAUCAGCAGCAUGGCCGACUUCUGGGAUUUUGCCCAGGGCCCACUACUGGACAGUUUGUAUUGGACCAAAUGGUACAACAACCAGAGCCUGGGCCGCGGCUCCCACUCCUUCAUCUACUAUGAGAACCUGCUGCUGGGGGCUCCGAGGCUGUGGCAGCUGAGGGUGCGCAAUGACUCCUGAGUGGUGCACGAGGACUUCCACGAGGACAUUCUGAGCUGCCACGACGUCUACUCCCCAGACAAAGAAGAACAACUCCCCUUUGGUCUCCUCAAUGGCAUAGCAUAGACCUACCACUCGCAGUAUGAGCUGGGGGGCUCCUCUCACUGGGGCCAGCUCACAAGCUACAGCGGAGGUGGCUACCACCUGGACCUUCCAGGAUCUCGACAGGCUAGUGCAGAGGCACUCAGGGACAUUCAGGAGGGCCUGUGGCUGGACAGGGGCAGUCGAGUGGUCUUCAUUGACUUCUCAGUCUACAAUGCCAACAUUAAUCUUUUCUGUGUUCUGAGACUGGUGGUGGAGUUUCCAGCUACAGAAGGUACCAUCCCAUCCUGGCAAAUCUGCACAGUUAAGCUGAUCCGCUGUGUCGGCAACUGGGACUUCUUUAUCAUUGGCUGUGAGAUCAUCUUCUGCAUCUUCAUCUUCUACUACGUAGUGGAGGAGAGCCUGGAGCUCCACAUCCACCGGCUUCGUUACCUCAGCAGCAUCUGGAACAUUCUGGACCUGUUGGUCAUCUUGCUCUCCAUCGUGGAUGUGGGCUUCCACAUAUUCUGAACCCUCGAGGUGAAUCGGCUGAUGGGGAAGCUUCUGCAGCAGCCAAACACGUAUGCUGACUUUGAGUUCCUCGCCUUCUGGCAGACACAAUACAACAUGAACGCUGUCAACCUCUUCUUUGCCUGGAUCAAGAUAUUCAAGUACAUCAGCUUCAGUAAGACCAUGACCCAGCUCUCCUCCACGCUGGCCCGCUGUGCCAAGGACAUCCUGGGCUUCGCCGUCAUGUUCUUCAUCGUGUUUUUUGCCUACGCCCAGCUGGGCUACCUGCUUUUUGGGACCCAAGUGGAAAGCUUCAACACUUUCAUCAAGUGCAUUUUCACUCAGUUCCGGAUCAUCCUUGGGGAUUUUGACUACAAUGCUAUCAACAAUGCCAGCCGCAUCCUGGGACCAGCCUACUUUUUCACCUAUGUCUUCUUCGUCUUCUUUGUGCUCCUCAAUAUGUUUCUGGCCAUCAUCAAUGACACAUACUCAGAGGUCAAAGAGGAGUUGGCUGGACAGAAGGAUGAGCUACAGCUUUCGGACCUCCUGAAACAGGGCUACAACAAGGCCCUCCUGAGGCUGCAUCUGAGGAAGGAGCAGGUUUCAGACGUGCAGAAGGUUCUGCAGGGUGGGGAGCAGAAGAUCCAGUUUGAGGAUUUCACCAACACCUUGAAGGAGCUGGGGCACAUAGAGCAUGAGAUCACUGAGCUCACGGCUGCCUUCACCAGGUUUGACUAAGAUGGGAAUCACAUCCUGGAUGAGAAAGAGCAGGAAGAAAUGCGGCAGGACCUGGAGGAGGAAAGGGUGGCCCUCACCGCUGAGACUGAGAACCUGCACCGGUCCAGUGUGAGUAGCCCACCAGGCGAGUCGAGUCCAGAGGCUGCCAAAGCAGGUGGCUGGGUUUCAGGAGAAGAAUUCUACAUGCUCACAAGGAGAGUUGUGCAGCUGGAGACUGUCCUGGAAGGAGUCAUGACCCAGAUUGAUGCCAUGGGCUCAAAGCUGCCGACGCUGGAGAAGAAAGGGCAGCUGGCUCCCUUUCCAGGCAUGCGGGAACAAGGCAUUUGGGAGCACCUGCAGGCAGCCCCAGCUGUGACUCCAGCCCCCUGGGGACUCCAGGGCGGGCAGGAGAGUGGUGGGGGAGGGGUCCUAAAGCAUCAGACAGCAGGCUCCUCUGUCACCACCUCCCCAUAAGCCCCCUCAGCACACGCCCUCCACUUCUAGGGCAGCGGGUUCCACCACUGCUGCUGCUGAGUCCCGCCCUGUGCCUGGCCUUCUGAGCCAACGUUUCUGUGUGUAACUCUGUGAAAUACCUCCCGCUGGGCCUCUCACUCCCUGUGCUCUGAACUCUGCUGUGAUGAUUUUUUUUAAAGUCAAUAAAAAAUAAUAAAGGAAAGGAGGGUAAUAACUUUCCUAAGCAUCUCGAUAGCCAUGAUUUGUGAAAAAAGUAGAAGCUGAGAGAACAGCAAUAUCUAGAUGUCUUCCUACUUGCCAGUGAACCUUUUCCUCUGUGCAUCUAGAGAUCUACUGCCAGUACCCAUGGGGUUCAUGUCUUCCCUAUAGGGUUUCCCUGUGAAAGAGAAGGGGAAGCCAGAGAGGACACUUUCUCUUGUGGGGAGAGUACAAUGUUGCAGAGGAGUUGGAGUGGUGACCUCCCCUAGCCUUCCCCAGCAAAGUCCAGGAAGAUGGGCUUCCCUGGUGGCGCAGUGGUUGAGAGUCUGCCUGCCGAUGCAGGGGACACGGGUUCGUGCCCCGGUCCGGGAAGAUCCCACAUGCCGCGGAGCGGCUAGGCCCGUGAGCCAUGGCCGCUGAGCCUGCGCAUCCGGAGCCUGUGCUCCGCAACAGGAGAGGCCACAGCAGUGAGAGGCCCGCGUACCGCAAAAAAAAAAAAAAAAAAGUCCAGGAAGACUCAGUGGAAGAGCCUACCUCCAGACAUGUCACUGAACACUGAGGGGGUUGUAAACCAGGACAGAGAUGGAGCCUGAGGAGAAGCUGGCAAAGAAAUGACCUCAGGAUUCCGAGAUAUUUGGAUAAAAUGUGGGGGACUCUGACUCUCUUCCAUAGGACAAUGUGGGUUUGCCUGGUGAUUAUCAAUAAAAAUCCUUAGGAAAACCAGGACUUUGCACUUGCUUCGGGGACUGCAGGGGAAAGAAGAGGGUCCCGAACUGUGAACCAUCCUUGUACCUGGGCUGGAGAAAGCUCAUCCCUGCUGGGAGGUGUAGAGUUGAGGCAGUGACAAUGUGAAGAAGCUGGCUGCCCCAGGAGUUCUGAAAGAAAAAUUUCUGACUCAUAGGAAUAGUUUGAAAUAGUGGACACUACCAUUGGAGGGAGUGGAGACAGUGACCUAGGGAGGCCUGGUCCUUAGAGUGAAGAGAUUAUGGUGUGUGUGUUUGUGUGUGCAUGUGUGCGCUGUUGGGUGUGGGCAGUGAGAGUGCAGAUGGAGGAUAAGUAGGAAUAAGACAAAAAACUCCUACACCAAGAUUCUGGAUGUAUAGGCCUGCAUCCUGAGACCUGAUAUCUAUCCCCUCUCUCUGCCCCUAUGACCUUUAUCCCUCCCUCAUUCUGCACCUUCCAUUGCUCUCCAGUUUCUUUUUUCAUCCAUUCCCUUCACCCACCUGCAUUCUCCCAUCCCAUCAAAUACAAUCUAUACACCCAGAAGUCUUGUGAAACAGCUGAAUGCAAUUAAGAUAACCAGAGUGUAUCCUCAGUCCUAAAAAAUUAUGAUCUAAGCUUUCUUCAAGAAAGGCUGUUUCGGGACUUCCCUGGUGGAGCAGUGGUUAAGAAUCCGCCUGCCAGUGCAGGGGACACGGGUUCGAGCCCUGGUCUGGAAGAUCCCACAUGCUACGGAGUAACUAAGCCCGUGCGCCACAACUACCGAGUCUGUGCUCUAGAGCCUGCGAGCCACAACUACUGAAGCCCACAAGCCUAGAGCUCAUGCUCCGCAAGAAGAGAAGCCACAGCAAUGAGAAGCCCAUGCACCAUAAUGAUGAGUAGCCCCCACUCGCUGCAACUAGAAAAGGCCCAUGCGCAGCAACAAGGACCCAACACAGCCAAAAGUAAAUAAACAAAGAAACGCUGUAUCAACCCAAGAGGUGUAGGUGCCAGACUGAAGUUUGGGAAAAAAGGUCCAAUGAGCCGAUAUUAACCUAGGACAUAGGAAGGGAGAGUAUUUCGGCUCAGGGAUAAUGCCUGAAGGUUUCCCAGAGCCUAGAUGAGACUAUCUUCAAAAGCAAGGAUUCCUUGAGCAGUCUUUCAGUGACUAAUAGCAGCCGGGGUGAGGAUUCUCUGGGGUGGGGCUAACUAGUCUCCGGUUAUUUUAGUCAGCAGGCCGCACUGGGCUCGACCCAUCCCAGAGAGGUCUUACUAGGCUAGUGAUUCCGCCAGGGAGUGGCCGCAGAAUUGAGCGCAUCCUUUG